CGUUGCCACGCAUGUUUCCUCCUCCUGCAGCUGCCACGGUGUUGGCCUUUUCUCUAAUGUUGCUUUUCUCCUCCUCAUAUUUUAGUAGAAUUAAUCUCUGAUCCUCAUGAGAAAUGCUUUUUUUCCCCUCACAUACGGCGCUCAGUGAGGACGCUCAGUGAUGCUCAGUGAUGCUGCGCUUCUCUCAUGAUUGUGAUUGGUCCGCUGCAUGCGCGUUCACGGCUCUUGAAAAAGCAACCCUGGGUUGAGUUACUGAGUUGAUAUCCAGCGUCGUGAUACCGAUUAUCCUGAUUGCCAUUGUUAGGGUUAGUCAUCCAGGAUAGGUCUGGGUAACCCAGGAAAGGUUGAUCUCGCUUCGUGAUACAGGCCCCAGGAAAGGGAAGAUUGAGAAAGAAUGUAAAUAAAUAGAGGAAGCAUGAAAUUAGGACUUCCGCUGCAAAGCUUUGUUUCAGUACUGCAGGAUUUUCUCAUUCAUGUCUUUGCUGCUCUGACUUGAGCUCACUCUCAUACACAGACACAUUUGUCUUUCUGUACUUGCCAGGGUCAGUGUUGGGCAAUUACUUUCAAAAUGUAAUGCAUUACAUAUUACAAGUUGCUUUCAUUUGAAAGUAAUAAGUUAGUGACUUGAUAUCAUGAAGGCCUAUCUCCUUUUCUUGGACUAACCUCUUCUUAGAUGUGUUAAAUAUUAGUGGAUCUCCUCGUAGAUACUUAAUGCUUCGUAAAUAAACAUGAACUCUUGUAGCUGCUGUUGCUUUGCAAGUAACAAAUGUUCAGUGUUGACAGCAGUAUGUACUUGGCAAUGUUUGAGUAUCAUGACCUUUUAGCCUCAUCAUUAUUUUCCUCUAGAUCAUGAGAUUUCUGGGAAAAAGAGCUCUCUUCCUUUCACUUUUAGCUCUGUUAUUACUGAUUUAGCUGUCGUCCCUUCACGUUCCCUUUUGUCAUCACUGAUUUACAAGUAAUGUGCCUGCAGAGCUUCUCAGCUCCUUAAACCUAUCACAUCACAUCAGAUUUGUUAAGAGCAGGUGGGAGGGGUUUGUGAGGGGCAGACCUAAAAAGCCCCAGGCUUCUGAUCUCUCUAUGUGGGGUGGGGACAGAAAGGAUUUCUGACAAGACAGCCAUAUGUACUCAGACCAGGCAGAGCUAAGCAGAUGCAGGACAAGGGCUUUGUCAUACAGCUUGACUCCGAGAAGAUGAAGAGCAGAUAAGAUGGAGGAAGACAACGAUGAUAACACAACAGCUGGAGGAGGAGAGCUUGAAACCAAGUCUGUACCAUCUGCAGCCAAUGAGAAAGUCUAUGAGACGGAUGAGGGUGCAGCCAAAGCCCAGUGUGAUCCAGUGAAUGAACCUGGUGAAGCUCAACACUCAGAAAAGAAUGAUGAAAGCACAGGAAGACAGUCUGAAAUCGAGUCUGUUCAAUUUGCAACCGAUGAGAAAGUGAUACCUGAACUCACACUGGUGUUAAUUGGUGAUACAAAUACCAUUGAGAUUGGAUCAAAAAACAUCUUACUUGACCAUGUAGAGCAAACAAAUGUGGAAGAGUUUUCAACCAAAUUGUAUGAUCUGUGUGGUCGGCACAUUUCUGUCAUUAACAUGCUUGGCCUACAAAACAUUGACAAAUUCCCAUUAAAUCAGGAAAUUCACGCCUUUCUCUUACUGUUACCAAAUGGUCUGCAUACAAGCCAUUACAGUUCAGGAGUGCUAUGGUUAGAAAAGGCUUUCGGGAAACGAUCACUUGCUUAUUUAAUCACAGUUGUGACUCACGAGUCAGAUGAAAAAUGCGAACGUGCAUUGAAAGACCUGAAAGCCAACAGCAGUUUUGUUGAAAAAAGAUACCACACAUGUACAAGAAGUAUGAUGGAUGAAAAUGAGAUAAUAGCUCUGCUGGAAAAAAUAGACAUCAUGGUCUCUGAAAAUGAGUACCACUGCUACAGUGGUCUGUGUGAUGAAGAUAAAGAGCAGAACGAACCCAUGGACCACAAAUCCCAAACAAAAGGAAGGAUCAAUACCUCCGUGUUUCAGCAAAAUCAAAUAGACGAGGAGGAGACUGCAGCUAACACAGAGAUAAAGUGUGAUCCAGUGAGUGGUGCUAAACACUUGGACAAGCAUGAUGACAGCACAACAGUGGGAGGAGAAUCUGAGAUCACUUCUGUAAUACCAUCUACAACUGACAAGAAAGGAGAGACUGAUGAAGUUAAAGAGGUCAACAAUGAAAGCAGCAGUAACAUGACUGAGCAUUCUAUGGAGGAGAGUGAUGCAGUGGAGGACACAAGUCCAUCAUCUCAGACUGUUUCAACAGUGACUAGAGAAGUAUACGAGAGGGAAGAGAAGGCAGCUAAAUCAGAGGUAAAGUGUGAUCCAGUAAGUGGUGCUAAACACUCAGACAAGGACUAUGACAGCACAAGAGUGGGAGGAGAAUCUGAAAUCACUUCUGUAAUACCAUCUGCAACCGACAAAAAAGGAGAGACUGAUGAAGGUAAAGAGGUCAACAAUGAAAGCAGCAGUAACAUGACUGAGCGGUCUAUGGAGGAGAGUGAUGCAGUGAAGGACACAAGUCCAUCAUCUCAGACUGUUUCAGAAGGGACCAAAGAGUUAGACGAGCGGGAGGAGAGUGCAGCUAAAUCAGAGGUAAAGUGUGAUCCAGGGAAUGAACCUGAUGAUGAUGAUAAGCACUCAAACAAUCAUGACCAUGCAUCAGUAGGAGAAUGUGAAAUCAAGCCUGUACGAUCGGCAACCACUGAGAAAGGUACUUUAGAUAUUGAUAUGAGUGGAAACAAGAAUAAGCAGUCAGCGAAUAGCUUUGAAGAGAUCAACAAGAAGAAACAACAUCAAAGAGAAACUGAAACACUGCUUGGCAGACUUCACCUUCAAGACAAACAUCAACAGAAAUUGUCACCAGCAGAUUUUCUUAAAGUACGUUCACCUGUAAAACAGGACCAUGAAACAUCUGAGAAAGAACUUGCUCAAACUUUUCUUCAGAGGUUGAUGAUGUUAGACUACAGGGCCAGAUAUAUUCCUGUAAGACAGGAUAGUGAUAAGGUGACCCAUUCAAAGCCAAUUCUAAAGUUGGACAGUGUUACAGAUGACAACAUUUUAAAAGCUCUUUUUAGCACCAGCGUAGACUUUGAUCAAUCAAAACAGACUGACGUGCAUCCAAUGGAUGUUCAAAUGGCAGUAUUUCACUGCUCAGACAGCUUUUUGAAGCAGAACAUGAUUACAAAGCUAUCACAAUGUCAGUAUGCCUUACCUUUGCUUGUUCCUGACCCAGUCACAAUGGAUAUUGAAUGUCCUCUGUGGACUUUCAGACAAAUAAGAAAAACAUGGAAGGUAAAUGAAAUCAAAUAUAAUUCAAACAUUGUCACCAUGAAGAGCAUUCCCAUCUGCAAAGCUGAGACACCCAUGGUGUCAUUUCUCCGCCUGGGUUCACUAUCUCUGUCUAAGUCACCGCUGAUUAACACUUUGAUCAACGACCGUCACAGCAUCUUCUUCCACAGAAACUGCCCAGGUAGCACCAAGUCUCGCCAUCUGAUGGAUGGUGUGGCAGAGAUUGCCUGGUACUGCCCUGCAGGAAAACCUAAUGAUGCCUUCACUGACUGCAUUGCCUUCUGUAAUCUUCAUGGUGAUGCUCUGACAAAUGAAAAACAGUGUGACAUACUGACUGAGAAAUCUUCAAUCAAUGUGGUUCUUGUACCAACUUUGGGAAAAGGUGACAAAAGUACCACAGUUAUCUCAGCCCUUUGCAAGUCUCCAAAGCCUCUCAUUAUUAUCAUUGCUGAUAAAGAUGGUGGUGCAGUUGAGUUGGUUGAGGGAAAAUACAAAAUGGGUCUUCAAGACAGAAGUCAGUCAGAUGUGUCUGAAGAACUGAAAAAAAUAAUUGGAAGAAUUUUGUCUGGACCACAUGCAUCUUUCCAGCUAGAAACCAUGGCUGAAGUCUCUGGAAUCAAAGUGGAUGAAGAUGACAAAGUCUGCCAAAAAGGAAAAUCUGCUGCAAUGAAAAUUGUGAACUUGCUUCAGGGGUUGGAUGUGUCAAAGAUCAAAGAUACAUUUCUCCCUUGUCAAGGCCAACUGUGGCACAAGUGGUGCAGAAUAAACAAAGAACUGUAUCACCUCAAAGGACACAUUGAGAAGGAGAAGGGUAAAAAGCAACAGGAACUUAUGCAAAUACGACAAGAUCAAUGCACUGCUUCCUGUAGUAAACCAAUGAAGUUGUUCAUUGAAACCCUCUCAUCGUCGCCAUCAACAGAAAGAGAGUAUUUCCUGACAUGGACUCAGAUCUUGAUUGAUGCCCUCUCCACAGAUGAUCUCUGUUUAAUUCUACAAAGCUAUGAUGAAAAGUGGUCUGAGGUCUUGUCUUUGAAGAAGAAGCAUGACAGAUCUGAUCAGUUAAAAAGAAAGCAAACUGAGCUUGAACAAAUAUCAACAAAACUACAGUCUGCCACUUUUGGCUUGGAGCACAUCCUAAGAGAAAUGGGACAGAUCUAUGAAGCCCAUGCAUCUCUGCAGAAACAAACAACGAGGGGACAAACUGACUGGUCUAAAUACCCUGAGCUGGCUGCAGAGCUGAUGAUAUCAGGACACCCAAUGGAACUGAUGGAUGGUGAUGCAGGUCAUGUGCCUUUAACGUGGAUCUCUAGUCUUUUAGAUGAAGUCAUCAAGAAACUGGGCAACAAGAGAGUUUUUGUUUUGUCAGUGCUGGGUGUACAAAGCAGUGGAAAAUCAACAAUGCUGAAUGCCAUGUUUGGGUUACAGUUUGCAGUGAGUGCUGGCAGGUGCACCAAGGGUGCCUUCAUGCAGCUGGUCAAAGUUUCAGAUGAGAUCAAGAAAGACUUUGAGUUUGAAUACAUUCUAGUGGUGGACACUGAAGGACUGCGCGCUCUUGAUUUAGAGGGUAACACCAGUCUUCACCACGACAAUGAACUGGCAACGUUUGUUGUUGGUCUGGGAAACAUGACACUGAUCAACAUCUUUGGAGAGAAUCCAGCUGAGAUGCAGGAUGUUCUGCAGAUUGUUGUUCAGGCUUUCAUGAGGAUGAAGAAAGUUCAACUUUCUCCAAGUUGUGUGUUUGUUCACCAGAAUGUUACAGAUAUUACAGCUGCAGAGAGAAACUUGCAUGGAAAAAGACAGCUGCAAGAAAAACUGGACAAGAUGGCCCAACUAGCAGCCAAAGAGGAGGUUUGUUAUGUUGAGUGCUUCAGUGACAUCAUUGCAUUUGAUGUGCAGAAAGAUGUGAAAUACUUUGCCCAACUAUGGGAGGGAAGUCCACCUAUGGCUCCUCCAAAUACAGGUUAUAGUGAGAGUAUCCAAGAGCUGAUGAAGUUCAUCCUCUCUAAAGCUUCACAGUCAGCUGGAAUUACUUUCUCACAGUUCAAAAGCAAAACUCAGGACCUGUGGAAUGCUCUGAUGAAUGAACAGUUUGUUUUUAGUUUCAAAAACACACUUGAAAUUGCAGUGUACAGAAAACUAGAGGUUCAGUAUGGGAACUGGACCUGGGCCCUGAGGAGCAACAUGUUGACUAUUGAGAAUGGGCUUUACACCAGAAUUGAAAAUGGAAAACUUGACAAGGUUGAGCCCAGUUAUCUACAUGAGGAAAUGAAGAUAACCUAUGAAAAAAUCAAAAAAGCAAUGACAACAUACUUUGAUGAUGACAGAGACAAAGAAAUAUUGGUUCAGUGGCGAGGACGAUUUGAAAGCAAAAUCAAGGAGUUUCAUGACGACCAAGUGAGAGGAGUCAAAAGAAAACUGGAUGAAGUAAUUGAGCAGAAAAAUGCUUGUAAAAAGCUCAAUGAUAAGAAGACAGAGUUUGAGAACAAGCUGCUACAAAAGAGCAAAGAACUUGCUCAUCAGUUAAAGGACAAGGCAAAAGAUGAAGAGGAACUUAAAAAACAGUUCAACUCUGUUUGGAGUGGUUGGGUUUGUGAACUAACUGCAGGCACAAGACCUAUUGAGGACAUCAACUAUAACGACAAUGUGGAAACUAUACUCAAUGAGCUUGGGUUUGAAAGGCCUCUUAUAGCUAAAUGUGAAAACAGUUUCAGGUACAAACAAAUAUCAGAGGUUGGUGAUUACAUUCAUUAUGUAGCUCUCAGCAAGGACCAAGAUCUGUGUAACACAGGCCAACAAUUUCAUGAAAAUGAGAGGAAAAGUGACAAAAGUAGAAAAGGAAAUCGUGUAGUUAAAUUUUUUAAAGAGAAAAUUACAAAAUCAGAAUAUUACCUUAAGGGGUAUUUUGACUUUGAAGAACAGGAACUGAUCAGAUCCUUCAUUGACAACAUUGAACAACAGUCCCUUGAUGUAAUCAAGAGCAAACCUGUCGCCUUAAGAGGAUACAGAUCAACUUACUUGCACGAAGUGGCCAACAGUGUCAAGGAAAAGGUGGCAGAAUUUGAAUCAAACAGGAAAUAUACACUGAAGAAGGAGUUUACAGUUGAUCUUUUACUGUAUGUGUUUGACAAAGCAGAGCGAUGGCUUUCAGAGUCCCACAAGGAAUUUAAAAGUAACAACGAUGCACUCACUUAUGUAGAAAGCAAGAAAAUGCAAUAUUACAACAUUUUCAGCAGCUUCUGCAGAGGAAGCUCAUCUGCUGUUGUGUUUGGAGAACUGAUCUGUGAAAAACUGAAGAGUUCCACUGUUGAGGCCGUCUGUAACAAGACUGCUAUUGAUCUUGCUGGAGAGAUGAAGUGCAGUUUCCCAGCAUUCAGUGGGAACAGGUUGAACUUGGAGAAACACUUGCUGAAGUCACUGGCUGAGAAAGAGGACUUUGGUGGUUUUAUCACCUACAUCCGCCACCCAAGGAACCAAGCAGAGACUUUUAUAAAAGAGCAGGUACAGAAAUACAUCUUCACAGACAACAAAGACAAAGCACAAAAUAUACUCAAGAAAAAUGUUGCAGACAUCAGUAAGCUUGUGAGUCAAGCUUUAUUUACUGCAACAGAUAAAGUCAAAACUCAGAGAGGAGACUCAGACAUGUGGGUAAAGGAAUUUUCCAGUUUGCUAAAAGAUGAGCUGACAUUCGACACCAUUUGUUGUCAAAACUUCAGUGACAUUAACAAUUUUGACUUCCUCAAAGAAGAGAUAGAGAAAGGCCUUGUAUCAGUCAUGAAGGAUGUGAGCAGCCUCUCACUGGAUAAGAUGGAGGAAUUCAGGAUGAAGCCUGAUCAAAUCCUCAUCGAUCAACUGUGUAACUGCUGCUGGGUGAAGUGUCCAUUCUGUGCAGCUGUUUGUACCAACACACUAGAAAAUCACAGUCCUGACAAACAUAGUGUGCCUUUUCAUCGGCCCUCUGGGAUUAAAGGAUGGCAUACUCGAGACACAGUGGAACUGGUCAUCAACUUCUGCACAACAUUAGUUGCAAGUAAUCAACGUUUCUACCCCCGUCCUGAUUCAAAUGACAUUUUCCCCUAUAAACAGUAUCAAAAGGCUGGGGAGAAGUAUGCAACAUGGCAAAUUACUCCUGAUGGGUCUAAGAUGACAUACUGGAAGUGGUUUGUUUUUCGAUUUCAACAGCAACUGGAAGACCACUAUAACUUAAAAUUCCAGGGCAGAGGAGAAAUUCCUCCUGAGUGGCGAGACCACAGUAAAGAAGAAGCUAUUGAAAGUCUGGAUGAAAUGUACAAUCUGUGACUGAGCCAGAAACAACCAAACUCUACUCAGAGUAACAGAAGGCCAAAGUGUCUUUAACUGUUCAACAGAAAUAUGAACUUUUAAUUUGAUUAAAGGAGUGCAACAAUAGCAAUAAUGACAAUGGAGUCUUUUCCAAAAUGACUGAAACAGCACAUGUUCAUAAUCUGACCAAUAUGUAUCUUAAUGCUUUUUAAUGUAUAACAGUUGAAAGGAUGCCUGAACAUAUCUUGAAGCAAAUGAGAACACAAUAUAUGUUAAAUUACAAUUAAAUGAUGAUUGUAAAAAAGUAUGAGACAGAUCAGAAUUAGUCAUAGGUUUUUUUUUCAUCAAAAAUGUUUUUUCUUAUUAUUUUUCAUGAUGAUUAAGAUGCAUUUAACAUGUAUGUACUUAUUUUAAGGAAAUAUUAUGUAUAAAAUAUAAUAUUCAAAUAAAUGAAAGAGUUUUUUAGUUGUCAUAUAUUGUGGAUAUAAUGUCAUUACCUUAAAAACAGAAAUGUAAGUUAUGAUUUGACUUUUGUUUUUACUAUUUUUUACUUUUACAUGAAAAUCUCAUCAAACAGAUGACAUUAAACUGAUCUAAUUGUAUGUGUUUCUAAAAAAGAAAAAAAAUGAUCAGGGUGUAAAUGUGCUGUUCAUUCAAAGAUGUGUAUGUUUCUAUCAUUACAAGAUGCAUGAAAUUUUCUUCUGACAGUUGUUCAGUGUUUAAAGAACAAACAAAGGUGUAGGCUGUUGAGCUGAGACAUUUAUAAUUCCACUCUUAUUAAAAGGCAUCAUAGCAGGUGACAAGGUUUUUUAGUUUUGAUAAAAGUUGUAAAUAAAAAUCUCUGUGAUUGUACUUUUUUUAAACAUUUUUUGAGGGAUUUAAAAGAAUUGUGAGAACUGUAACAACUGUGCUGUUGAUUAUGGAAAAAGGCAUGAAACUUGUAUUUAAGACUUGUCGAAACGGAAAAAAAAAGUUUUUAGAAGUUGACAUAUUGUGCAAAAAAAAAUAACUUUUUACAUUAUUUUGUUUACAUUUAUCUGUUGCCCAUCUGAAAAUAAUUUUUACACAAAUAUUUUCCUCUUCAUAUAUUUUUAAUUUUGUACUUUUCCUUAAAGUCAUAUGUUUGUUUGUUUUUUAAAGAAUCUGAUAAAUGAUGUUUUGUACUUUUUCAAGUAUUCGGAGUAUACAAUUCUACACUUUUGAUUUUUCUUUCUUUUUUGUUGUUAUUUUUGUUUAUUUUUUAUAUUUACUUUUGUUGUUUGCUUAAUGUGGCUCCUGUCAUUGAUAUAUUGAUAUCCAUAAUUACAAACAGAAAUAUCAGCCUUUGUGAAAACAAAAUUGGAAUGUUUUUUUUUAGACCAUUCACGCAAAUCUUUGAGUUCAAGCCUCUUUUGGUAAUAUCUGGUCUGUUAAACCUGGUCUUUUCAAAAAUCUAAUUAAUAAUUUGCUUUAUAAGAAGAUCAGAUUUUUUUUGACACAGUUUUUUAAUAUGUCUUAGGCCAUAUCCACACUAAGAUGGAACCGAUUUUGAUUUUUAAAAGUUUUCCAUAAACACGGAAUCGUCUCAAGAUAUGUGUAUGUAAACAUGAAGCCACUGAAAACGCUGUAGUAUAUAUGCAAGGCCUGUAAAUGGUGCUGCAACACUGCCACAAAGUACACCAGAAACACAGAAUAAGAAACGGAGCAUGCGCAUAAAACUCGUGCGAUGUAAACAAAUACAAAGAAGAUGGCAGAAAAUACAAAUGCCAGAGGAGCCCACUUUGUAUGGACUGACGAUGAGGUAGAGUUGCUACUUAGGGUCACACUUGAUUACCAAACUACAAAACUGCAGGAGGAUGUUGACUAGCGCAUGCGGGUUAAGGGAGAGGUGGGGUUAUGGCGUCAUUGUUUCAGAAAAGAGGUGUACUGUGUUGUAAAUACAGAGACGCGAAGGUGGCGUCUUCAGAUUUUUUCCACUCUGGGACCCGGUUUCAAAAGUUGGCGUAUUUGGGCUCCUAAAAUGCUGGUUUCAUGUUUAUGAAAGAUCUAUACAAUAAAAAACCUUUGCAGAUACACCUAAUCUCGUCUCCGUGUGGACAUGACCUUAGACCUGCCACAUAUCAAUCCAAGUACACGACACCUGAUUAUUUCAGCCGUUAAAGGCGGAAGAAAAGGUGGUGAGAAGCUGUCUGGGUUAGAGGAGAAGUAGAGACACUUGCUAUCGAAGUGGAACAGACAGAGUGAGUGAAGCUCGUUUUUUCUUUAUUUCCUUUUUGCAUGUCGUGCGCGUUUUCGGGUAAAGGUAAAAAAAAAAAAAAAAUUCCUUUAAAAGUAAGUUUGUGCAUUUUUUGAUAUUGAUUUUUGCCUCCACAAAUUUGAUUUACUUCUAAUACUGCUAAGAAAAACUGAGAGUUUGAUUACAAUGGGAUUUGGACAGAGCAAAACCUCAAAGGGGAAAAUUGAGCCUGAUUAUGGUGCUCCAAACGUGAGGUUUAUGGAGAUUAAUUAUGGGAAGGAGAGCGUGGCUCAGUUAGAUCUGUAGGUCAAUGAGUGCUGUUUCCCGAGAACAGGCAGCCUGAGUGUUAAAAAGCUCGAGGCUUUAGAGGUGAGGUUAACAGACUUAGAAAGGAGGGGAUUAGAAGGGAAGUUUGGAGGUAAGAUCAAGUUCCAGGCAGAUUGGUCAGCUUUUCGUAAUUGGAUGAGGGAAGCCAAGCACAGGCAGGGCCCCAAAGGUUUCCCGGCGCAGUGUUUGAAGCUGGAUUCGGACCUCGAUUCGGCUCCACCUGUACGGCCCCCACCGUAUGUUGAACACCACGAACCGGAGGGAGCAGCUGGCCAUUUAGUUGUUCUGUUAUCCACCAUAUCUGAAAAUUAUUUUCACACAAACAUCUUCCAUCAUUGUAUUUUGUUUUUAUUCUUGCAUGUUUAUCUAUUUUGAAUACUAUUUGUAUGCUUUUUUCUAAAUGAAUUUGAUGAAGGACACUAACUUUCUCAAGUACUUGAAGCAUGCAACAAGUUUUUACUUAUCUGAUUUUUAAUUUUUUUCAUCUUAUUACUGCUACUUACUACUUACUACUACUGCCUAUACUGGAAUUUAUUCUGUUUGCUUAAUCAGAUUUCUGUCAUUGCCACAGUAUAUUGAUAUACAUACAUACUAACAGAAAUAUUAUUCUUUGUGAGAAAAAAUAAUGAAGUUUUCUUUCACUUUAAUAAACCACUGACAUUCAGUCAUUGGA